UCGACGGCUAUUUUUAUGCAUAUUAAUAGUGAGAUAUGCUUUCCUCUCAAACAACCCAAAGACUAAACAAACGUCUAACACAUCAUUAGUUUGUAUUUUUUCAUUCAAUAAUCAAAUGAGUGAUUCAUUCAAUGUAUUUGUAAAACCAAUUGACAACAAAUCGCCCAAAAGAUUGUCAAUAAAAAACAUAACAAACAAUACAUCGAUUCGUAACAUAUUUUGUUGUUUUAUUGAUUAAAACCUAUAAUACAGUUGACUGUAAUCACUGUCUGUCAUAUCACACAUCCGAUUGGAUUUAGUUGUUGUGUCAAAACCAUGACUGAAGUGAUUCGCUUCCAACAGACGGAUCACGAAAUCAAGGGAUGGCUUUACAAAUGGACUAAUUAUCUCAAAGGUUACCAAAAGAGAUGGUUUGUCCUCUCAAAUGGUUUGCUCUCGUAUUACAGGAACCCGAUGGAGAUGAGUCAGUCGUGUCGCGGAUCCAUAAGUCUAGUAUCAGCUGUGAUUCAUACAGAAGACUCAUGCAAUUUCGUGGUCGCAAACGGAGGCACUACUCAAACGUUUCAUUUAAGAGCCGUUAAUGAGAUUGAACGACAAAAAUGGGUGACCGCUCUUGAAUUGGCCAAAGUUAGGGCCAUUAGACAACUCGACUCAGAAGACGAUGACGUCUACGAUAUGAAUAGCGACAAAAAUGAGUUGCAAACUGUGCUCAAAUGUUUGGCCACCAAAUUAGACACACUUCAUACGUGUCACGAUGUUAUCAUAAAACAUGGAUCAGCUCUUCAGCGAUCGCUUAUCGAAAUGGAACAAUUAGAUAAUCCUAAUGAUGCCAUAAAUAAAAGUAAAACAGUCAACGAAAGAGCCACUCUUUUUCGUAUAACAUCUUCGGCUAUGAUUAAUGCCAGUGCAGAGUAUCUAACAUUAGCUCAAACUCAGGCCAAGAAAUGGCAAAAACUCUUACAACACGAACACGAGUCACGUCUGAGAUUAGAAGAACUGGUGGAACAGUUGGCGAAACAGCACUCACAUCUGGAACAGAGAGCUAUUAAACAGGUGGCCAACUCUAACACAUCUAACAUUAACUCCAAUAUCAAUUCAGAUGAUGAUGAAUUUUAUGAUGCGGAGGAAACUACCGCUGACUUCAUCGUUUCUUUUCCGGGAAAAGCGCACCGAAUCAGUAACGCAACAAACGUCCAAACGAUAUCUAAAGUAAAACAAAGUUCAAUCACUUCAUUACCUGCUGAGCACAACCACUCUGAUGAAUCUUCUGGCAGUGAGGUGAGUGAUGGCGAGUGUGAAGAGUCAGCCGCCGGUGUUAUUACGCGCAAAAAAUCGCGACAUAAGAGUUUAAAUUUUAAAGAUUUAAAUUCAAGUAAUAUUGUAACAAAAGUAGUCAAUGAUCCCAAUGAUGGCGACUCUACAAAGUCUUCGAGUACACCAACUACUCCUUUAUCGACAGUUGAUAGAGUAGAUCAAUUUGGUGGUGAUAAUGGUAGCAUAUGUAGGCGUCAGCGACGCACAACAAUACCUGAGCGCCCAAAUCAAAGCUUAAAUUUAUGGUCUUUUAUGAAGAAUUGUAUCGGAAAAGAGUUAACCAAAAUUCCAAUGCCUGUUAACUUUAAUGAACCACUUUCUAUGCUUCAGAGACUUACUGAAGACUUUGAAUACGCAGAUCUAUUACAUAAGGCUUCCAAAGUGAAGGAUAGCUGUGAACAGUUGACAUACAUUGCAGCCUUUAGUGUGACUACUUAUGCUACCACUAGUAAUAGAACCGGAAAACCAUUUAAUCCUCUUUUAGGAGAGACUUACGAAUGUGAUCGAACUGAAGAUCUUGGAUGGAAGUGUUUCUCUGAACAGGUGAGCCAUCAUCCGCCUGCUUUAGCCUCACAUUGUGAAGGAAAAGGUUGGACAUUAUGGAGAGAGUUCUCAAUUUCGAGUAAAUUUAGAGGAAAAUAUCUCCAAAUAACACCUCAAGAUAUAACACACGUUGAGUUUGAGGCCAGUGGUAAUCACUAUACUUGGAAAAAAGUUACGACAACUGUUCACAAUAUAAUUGUCGGAAAACUAUGGGUUGACCAUCACGGGGAUAUGACUAUUACUAAUCAUACUACUGGUGAUAAAUGUCACCUUAAAUUUAUUCCUUAUAGUUACUUCUCAAGAGAUAUUCCACGAAAAGUGACGGGUGUUGUAGUAGAUAAAGAGGGAACUCCUAAAUGGGUCCUUCAGGGUACGUGGGAUAAUAAAAUAGAGUCGGCCAAAGUCAUAAAUAGUCACGGCUCGGCCAAAGGAGGCAAACCGAUCAUUGAGACGGCAACUCCUAAAGUGAUUUGGAAACGUGUAUUUCCUUCCGCCGAAUAUGAUCGCAUGUAUAACAUGACUCUACUCGCUGUACAACUCAAUGAACCCGAACCGGGUGUCGCACCCACUGAUAGUCGGGUAAGACCUGAUCAGAGGCUUAUGGAAGAAGGAAAAUGGGACGAAGCGAAUGCUGUUAAGGGAGUUCUUGAAGAGAAACAGCGAACUGUUCGUCGACAGCGCGAAGAGGAGGCAGAGAAGGCGACUAAUGAGGGCCGACCUUAUAUGCCUUAUGAUCCCAUUUGGUUCACUAAAUCUAAAGAUCCCAUCACUGGUAAUCCGGUUCACAUGUUUUCAGGAGAGUAUUGGCGCUGUAAAGACAAACAAGACUGGUCUCGAUGUCCCAAAAUAUUCUUAGAGUAAAGUCUUGUUAAAAAAAAUAUAAUUUUCAGUGCCUUUGCUUUCGUUAAAAAAAUGAAUGGAUGUUUCAAUUGGU